GCAACAGUGAGUUCUUUUGGUGUCUGGGUCAUGUAAAGAUCACGUGGUACAGAGCUGGACCAAUAGGAUUGCGAGUCGUGUUGUACGGCCCAAAUAUUGAAAACAGCAGUGUCAGUUUUGAUCAUUUUCAUCGGUGCUGUCAGGAACACCAGAAGCAUGGCCACGGCACAGUCAACACUGAUGUUCGCAAUGUGCAUUCUGAUGAUAACAGAACUCAUACUGGCCAGAAAGGACUACUAUGACAUCCUCGGUGUGCCAAAAGAUGCUUCCGACCGUCAGAUCAAAAAAGCUUUUCACAAGCUUGCCAUGAAAUAUCACCCUGACAAGAACAAGAGCCCCGAUGCGGAAACCAAAUUUCGAGAGAUUGCAGAAGCAUAUGAAACCCUGUCGGAUGAGAAAAGAAGGCGAGAGUAUGACCAGUUAGGAGACAAUGCGUUCAACAAUGAAGACAUGAACGCAGGGCAGCGUUUUCAUCAUUCCUUUGAUUUCAACUUCAACGACAUGUUCAGAGACUUCGACAUCUAUAGCCAAAACAGGCACGCUCGGCCAAAACGGCACUUUGAAGAGCACUUCAAGGCCCACCAGCAAGCACACAACCGCCACAAGAGACACUUUCAGGGUACUUUUGGUACCGGAGCCUUCGAGGACAUGUUUGAAGAUAUGGAGAAGAUGUUUACAUUUGACCGACACAUAAAAAGGACCGAGAACAGGUUUCAGGGCACAAACAAACAACACUGCAGAACGGUGACCCAGCGAAGAGGAAACAUGGUCACCACCUACACAGACUGCACCUCAUCCUAAACAACAAAGCGGACCAUCACACUUGUAUUUUUAUGUCUGAUUUAGUUUGAGCUAUUAAUUUGCUGCUGUGAUGAGUGGGGUUUGAUUUUACCAGUGACUGAUUUGUUAUUUAAGAUGCAUUUGGAGUUUCAGUUGGUUUGAUUGACAUUUACAAUUGACACUACAUUGGAUAGUGGUCCAGAGUUUGUUUUCAUCCCUGCAGCACCAAAACAUAAAAAAAAAAAAGGUCAUUAGUUUAUUGAUGACAAACUAUAUUUGAUUACGCUCUGAUAUAAGUGUGCAUUUAUGUUUAAAUCACACUUUCUUGACCAUAUGAAACUAGUUGUUCAGUUUCAUGCUUGGUUAGCUACUAAACUUCCCUGUUAUGUUGAAAGAAUGAAUGUGCUGAAAUCCUGAAACUUCUCUACUUAUCCAAGGUUGUAAAUUUUGUUGUUUUGGUGCUGAACAUUCAUCUUUGGGGUAGUGUUGUCAAAGUACUGACCAAGUUCAGUCCCAAGUCGGUACUGAAAUUUUAAAAAUGUGACGCUUUGAGUGCGCGCUGUUGAACUGAUUCGUAAACACCUCUGAUUGGCCAUUGUGUUCACGCACUCAACAGAUAUGUCUGUGAUUGGCUACAAUGAUCAACGCACGGGAGCGUUUGAAAACCGGCGUCUCCCAUGUGUAUCUGUGUAAGCGCUCAGUGAAGAGCGUCAUUGAUGUCUAUUUACAACAUGUUUUUGAAGUGUUGAUCAUUGUAGCCAAUCACAAACAUAUCUGUUGAGUGUGUGAACACAAUGGCCAAUCAAAGGCGUUUACGAAUCUUGCUCAAAGCGUCACAUUUUUAAAAUUUCAGUAGCGACUUGGUAUCGUGGUCGGUACUUUUGACAACCCUACUUUUGGGUUUGCAUCUUCAUGAACUGCCCUUUUAUUUUUUUGUGAAGCUAAACAAAUGUUUGUUGCAUUGCUGUGAAUUUUAUAGUUAAUUAUACUGAAGUAGUUUCUUUCAAACUCACACUUAUUAGAUAGAGAGGUGCCUUUCCCACUCAUUGUGGUAGAUUUAGGUUAUUGUAAUCAGAUUGGAGCACUUUUAUGACCUCAUGUGUAUUAUCGUUUGCAUGGCUGAGAGAAAGUAGGUCUCUGUUUUUGUCAUGUACAUCAGUUACCUGGUUGGGUUUGUAAACAGCUUUUGUUUUAGGAAAGUACAAGUCUGACAUUGUUCUCUAAGCCAAAGUGUAUUUUGGCUGAACUUUUUAUAUGUUUGUAACAAAACAUAAGAGUUUGAUUGUUUCUUUUUAUAUGGCGGCGUUACCCCUAAAAAGAAACAAGGGGAAUGUACCAACUUAGCAUUUGCCUGACAAUGUUUUUUUGUAAAUAUGGUGUAUAACCCAGCUGUGUUCCUGUAUGACAUCACCUGUGACCUGUUUUGUUGAAUAAUCCCAUGUGCAAUAUUUAAAGGCAGCUGUCCUGUUGUUUUAACUGUUACUCGCUGACAUAGUUGUUAUGUUAUGAGUCUCGGUAGACUCAUCUGGCACUUUCUUUAUUUUAAUCCUAUGGAUGAAAAGUAAAUCUUAAAUAGCCUAUUUGAACCCAAAUGUAUGUAUACUUGGGUUAACAAUAAAUCUUGUUCUAAACUUUG